GGUACAGUCAGAAUCAGGAGGGAAAGUCCCUCCCUGUCCCCGGCCUCUGCAUUGGCUGGAGCAGCAUCAGAUCCAGGCGCGCUGUCAGCCAAUCAAUGGAGGCGCAGAUGCAGGCAGCGGAGACGGCUCUGCAGACCGGGUAACGGAGGGGGACAGACAGGCAGACAGACAGACAGCGUACUGCGGAGCCUGCACUCAGAGUCGGCUUUUGAUCUGCGAAAAUCAUGGAAGUGGAGAAGAAAGUAGCAGAUUUCUCAGGAAAAUGGAAAAUGAAGUCUUCGGACAAUUUUGAGGAACUUUUGAAAGCGCUGGGUGUGAAUGUGGUUCUGAGGAAGAUUGCAGUGAGAGCGGCCGCCAGCCCGGCAGUAGAAAUCACCCAGCAAGAUGAGACUCUGUCCAUCAAGACGUCCACCAGCGUCCGUACCACUAAUGUCUCCUUCACAGUGGGUCAGUCCUUCAAUGAGGCCACAGUGGAUGGACGUGCCUGCACGAGUUUUCCUAAAUGGGAAACAGACAGCAAGAUCAGCUGUGAACAGACUUUACAGAAAGGUGACGGGCCCAAGACGUCGUGGACCAGAGAGCUGACCAACGAUGGAGAACUGAUACUGACAAUGACUGCAGGGGAUGUUGUCUGCACCAGAGUUUAUGAGAGGGAAUGAGAAAAUGUUUUCAAGACUGUCACACAAUACAUCUGUUUGUGCCUCGUGCAUGGUUUACAUUUACUCGCCUUGUUUUCUUCUUCCUCCGAGGCAGUCAGACGUUGGUCCGAUCUCAAACGGUGCGCUGUGUAGGGAAGGCUACAUGAAUGUAUGUUUGCACAGUAGUUGCUUUUGUAACACCAAAGCUGAACUCACUCUCUAUGUAUCAUAUAGAAACGUCACACAUUCCUUUUCUAAGAGCUGUGUCUAAAUCCCUUUUUCAAAAUGUUAAUAAACCGUUUUAUAUGAA